AGUUAAUUAGAUCUCAAGUGUCUUGGUAUAAGUUUGAAAAGACGAACACAUUGUCGAUCUACAUUAGGAGAUCUGAUUCAAGCGUGUCAGUGAUCAAUCAUGAAACUAGUCUACGGCUUCAUUUUUUCUCUUUGUUUCGUCUAUGCCAAUAGCUUGAUAUGGCCAAUAUUUAGGCGCACAAUACCUCCCCUAGGCAUAGGCCCAGUUAUAAUCCAAAAGCCUACAGCACCUAGUUAUCUAAACGUUGAUUCGUGGCUACCAACACCAAUCGGGCGUGUUUUCCAGAGAGCUGGAAUUGUCCUCGAUGACACACUGAAAGCUGCCGUAAGUGCAGGCGUGAACGUCUUGUGUGCUGUAGGACUGAGAAUAGUACCUUGCAGAGACAGAACUGAUCAAAAUGCUGGUUUAUUAGCGCCUGUCCCCUUCCAGUGUCUCGGAAAAGCUGACGUCAUAUUCGUCCUUGACUCUUCUGGCAGCAUUGGCAGCCUCAACUACCAAGAGGCUCUCUCUUUCCUGGCCAACUUUGCAGGAUCCUUUCAGAUUGGAAAUGAUGAUUUCAGAUUCGGUUUGGUCAUAUUCAGUGACAAUGCCAGGAAAAUAUUUGAUCUUUCUACUUACAAUAACCACCCAGAACUUCUCGAGGCCAUACUGAAGACACCAUACCUUCUAGGUAAUACUUUCACUGACAAAGCCUUGGUGAUGGCCAAUAGUCUACUGGCCACAACUGGCAGACCUGGUGUACCUAAAGUAGUCAUUACACUGACCGAUGGAAACUCUGCUAAUGCUAUGCUAACUUUCGGAGCAGCCACUGCAUUGAAGAACAGUGGAGUGACCAUGAUGUCCAUUGGUGUAGGAAAUAACAUCCUUGAAAAUGAAUUAGUUGUACUGGCCAAGAGUCCAGCCCACGUCUUCACGACUGACGAAUACAAGAAUCUGCAGACGUUGUUGUAUGUGACAGCUCAGAAAACUUGCAAAGAAUGUAAUGGCGUUGUGACACCAAUUGAAGAUGACAAAGGUAUUAUUCAAAAAACUUUUUAUUGUUUCAACUUUAUUUUAUUAAGACCAUUGAGGCAACUUUAAAAAAUGAAUAAACAC